AUAAGAAAUAAUGGAGGACGAUAAGAAAAAUAAACAAUACUUUUACAUUCAUUCACAUGAUAUAUAUUUGUUCUAAAAGAUGUAUAUAUAUUUUGAGGGAGAUAUGAAUUCGCUUUUUUAAACCGUCGUCUCAGUCGGUUCAAUUAAUAUUGAAUUAAAAAAGGAGUCCAUUAAAAGUCAAUUAAAUAUAUCAAUAUAUUAAUAAUGGGAUCAAAUAUCAGUUCAUCACAAAAACAAUAUUCAGAUACAGACUUGUUGCAGACAUGUUCAGGACAUAAUGUUGGAAUAAACUGUUUAGCUUUGUGUGACGAAGAAGAAGGAAGAGAAGGAGAAAAUUUCAUGAUAUUAGCCUCUGGAUCAGAUGAUGGUGUCAUAUGUAUAUGGCAAUCAGAAUCAAGAGAUUCCGCCUUCCAGCUGACAUGUACGCAUAGUUUAAAUGAACAUCAAGGCUAUAUCACUGGAUUAGUGUUUCAUAAAAAGUAUCUAAUAUCAGCAUCUUCUGAUAGUACAAUACGUAAAUGGAAUUAUAAGACAGGGAAAUGUGAACGUGUAUUUACGGGUCACACUGAUGUAGUGAGAAAAAUUAUAUGUGCCAAUGAUUAUAUCCUAAGCGCAUCACAUGAUAAAACAGCCAUCUGUUGGAAUUUUCAUACUGGUCAAAUUUUGAACACUUUCAAAGGACAUACACGACUUGUUAACUCUAUUGCCUAUUAUGGUACAGAAGUUAAUCUUAUUCAAAAUGUGAAUAACACUACUGAAACUGUAUCAACUACUAGUCGUUUCGAAUUCAUUUAUACUGGAUCAGCAGAUCAUACAGCAAAAUCAUGGAGUUUUAAAAGUUCAAAAUGUAUGAUCACUUUUGAAGGUCAUACAAAACCAAUCACAACUAUGGAAGUGUUUAAAGAUGGUGAAAUCCUGUUGACUUCAUCUGCGGAUAAUACAAUACGCAGUUGGUUUACAGAGUCUGGUUUACCACAAUUUGUAUUUGUCGGUCAUAAAGGAAUAAUCGUUUCUAUGCAUAUAAACAGUGCCAAUAAAAUGUUAUUCACAGGCAGCAUAGAUCAUACAGCAAGAUCAUGGUCAAUUGAAACUGGUAAAGCUAUAAGAACUUUCUCCAGACAUGGUCGUGCAGUGAAUUAUGUCAGAAAUUAUAAAACAAUGCUGAUAACUGCAUCGAGUGAUGGUUAUGUGAGAUUAUUCGAUGAAAAGACAGGUGAACUAUUGAAAGUGUUUAUGCAUACAAACAAAGAAGGUUGUGUUGCUUUUGAGAUUUAUCAAAAUUACUUAUUUUCCGCAUCAAAUGAUGGUAAAAUUUAUGUUUGGCGUUAUUCAACCAAUGAGCAAAUGAUAGAAACAAAUGAAAAUGGAAAUAACAACCAAAAUAUUGAUUGACUGGCCAACACUGAUCACAACUGAUUGAUUUGUUUUAAUUUAUAAAUGCAGAAUAAUCAAUAUUGAUCAGAAAGAUACUCAGUUGUUUCACUUCUCAUAUUUUUUAGUUAUAAUAAGCGACAAUAAUUAACCUAUUUUGUCAAUA